AUGAGCUAUACAGCAGCGCUUGUCGAACAAGGCAAGAUCUUUGAGCCAUACAUCAGUUUCUAUGAUAUCAGAAAUCCACGCGGAACUGGAGGUCAAAUUGUAAUUGGAGGGGUUGAUAGAAAGAAACUUUAUGGAGGCUUCACUUACUGGAAAGGCAUUGGCGCUCUAGGGGAGGUUCCAACUCCCAAGGUUAAAGUCGUCGCAAGUGAUGGCUUUGAAGAGCUAUAUAAUAAAUUCGUCCAGCCAAGGAAAGCCACCGCAUUGAUUUCUCCAGGAACACCGUGA